CGUAAACAUACAGGGAAUAGAAUGUCGCACACAUGUCUACCAAGACAGAAGAAUAAAAUCGGAAUCCGUGCAAGUUCUGAUAAAAAUUCAAGGGUAAAAUGGCUAAGAAUAUGACGAGCAGAGAGAAACUCACGUACGAAGGAUAUACUUUGCCAAAACCUACCAUCAAAGAGCUACUGGCCCGUAACGCACGGAAGGAUUCGGAGUUAAAAACCCUCCACAAAAGACUCGACAAGGAGAAAGAGGAACUCGAGAGCGAUUUUUCCAAGACACGCUCUCAGUUUCUUUCCCGAGUUCACAAUUUGUUGUUGGAGGGACAAACACACGAUCUUGGGUUUAAUCAUGAGAGCAAUUCUGACGAAGAACAACAGAGUACUUUCGAAAGUGGUGCUAAAAACGAUAAUGGCAUUAACGAUUUAACUCCAUCAUGGGAAGCGAAUUUGAAAAGUCUGUCCAGCUCUCAGCUCGAUGAGGACAUAAACAGGGCUGGAUGUAAUCGAAACUCACGCCACAUUCAACCAUGGGCACAAAAAGUCAAACACUACAACCAUUCUUUGGCCACAAAAGCUGAGUCAGGUUCAUCAAAACUCUCGCGUUCUAGACGUAAAGUAAGUUGGGGAGGUAGGGCAAACGUUAUGCCUGAAGAUUGGGACGCGAGAAGCGUUCUCAGCAAGUCGAACUCCGAAGGAAAUCUUCCCUCCGCUCAAGUCACAUGUCCGAUAAGUGACACCUUACGCUCUAGAAUUCGGAGACACUCCGUUGUCGGUCGAUCGCGAUUUGAUACCUUUAAUCCCAGAAGCAACAGCCUCAUGAAGGAAGAUUUAAAAAACCAGAAGUCGUCGAACACUCCACGCCAGGUAAAACAACGAAGGCACACGGUUUGUGCUAGAGGAAUUUUUGAGCCGAAACUGACUUCUACCGAAGAGGAAAAAUGUAAAGCAAAAAAACCUUUGUCUGAACUUCUUCCUCCAAUUACACUACCUCCGAUUUAUCUGCAAGAAUCAAAAGGAAAAGAAACAGGCAAAAAGAAGAGCUUCGUAAAGACACACGUACGACCGAAAGCUGCGGAUUCCACACAGCUCACAGAAGAUUUAGACUAUUGCCGCUACUUACGAUUGAAUAGAAAAGACGGCGAUUACAGUUAGCUACAAAACUAGGAAAUAAUGAUGUGAUUUAUUGCAACCGGAAAACAACGCUGAUCACUUUAAAAAGACGCGUUGUUUGCCCAUGAGGGUUAAUCUAUGCAACUCCUUCUAAGAGUCCAAUAAAUGGAUAAUGGAUUUAACGCUAAUGCCUGCAGCAAAAUCUGGUGUUUUCAAGCGAUUGCCAGUGCACGUGACAAACGCACCCGUGAAAUCUUACAAACAAGCUCACAAAGUUCGAUUGCUGAUCGACAUCACAGAAAAAAUGUAUCUGUUGAAAAUGUAAUGAGCAAAACUCGUUAAGACAAAACAUUCAGGCUGUGCAAAUUUCGAUUAUGAUGAUCAUCGUAAAGUUACAAUAUAAGUAAAAAACAAUCAAUGUUAA